AUGUGGUCAUCACAUAAAUUUUAAAGAAUUCUAGAAACUGAAGGAAGCAGGGGUAGUGGCAUUGGUGGUAGUAUUAAUAGUCACAGUAAUAGCCGUAGUAGCUCUAGCUCAUUAAGUUCUUGUUUCAGAAGUUACAUAUAGAGUAAUGUUAAAAUAGCUAGCUGGCUGUGCCAGGAUAGUGACUUCUACGUAGAAGAUUAUAUGUAUCCUCAGGAUUGCUAUGUUUACUUUUUUAGUUGGAAUGAAGCAUUUGUGAACGGUUUAUUAAGAUCUCCAACGAAAGACAUAUAUAACUUUUCUUUGGUAGAGUAUUAGCCUAACGCCUACUUUCCUGAAAUUGAAUUAGUAUGCUUGAUAUUAUUUAGCUAUUAUAAUUAGACAUUAUCGUUUAAUUCAAUAUUUUUGUACACCACAAAUUAUAUUCUCUAACAAAUGAAAAAGCUUAAAAAGUAAAUGGCUGCUCUAUAACUAAUACCAAGUAGAGCAAUUUAGUAAGAUAAUAUAUAAAAUGAAGACAAUAUUCAUAUAAAACAAACUGAAAUUUAAAAUCCGAAGAAAGUAAAUGAAAUACCAGCUCAGACAAUAUCUGGAGUAGGAUAUAAACUAAAUCUGGAAAAUGAAGAUAAUAUUAUUAAAUUUGAUUUUAUAGAUAAUUCAAUUUAAAAAUCUACAUUUUGA